AUGACGCAAGUUCUGGACAUCUCACGAUCUGCCAGCACCUUAUUUGUGGUGAAUGUCUGCCCGCAUACGAAGAAGAACUUGAUGAGAGCCAAGAAGAAGGACGCACUCGAUGUCCACAUCGUCUUCUCGUUCUGGAAAACAACACUGGAUAUCGCGGCACACAUGUUCGAUACAGCGUCGUUGCGAUAUAGCCGAAUUCAUGGGCAAAUACCGGCCAGCAAGCGAAGCAAGAUCCUGUCUAGCUUCGAGAGUUCGAACGACGUUCGGAUCUUGCUGAUAACACUUGGCACUGGCGCAGUAGGGUUAAACAAGCUCAAAGUCGCCAAUCAUAUCCACAUUCUCGAGCCACAGUGGAACCCUUCAGUCGAAAGCCAAGCCAUUGGCCGCAUUCUUCGCAUGGGCCAAGAAAAGUCUGUCCGGAUUACUCGCUACAUCAUGAAAGGCACAGUAGAAAAGGCUGUCCAGUCACGUCAGCUACGCAAACUCCAACUCGCAAGUGGAGGCUUUGGCUUCGUCAAAGACGAACAUAAUUCAAACAGAGUACAGGAAAUCAUGAAUUUGCUAUGUCCCACAAGGAGCAAACUUCCAGUGGCCGAUACUGAUAGGCAGGCGCUUUACCGUGUCACUCCUGGAGGAAAUGAACUGAACUGGGAAUACAUAUGA